GACAGAGACAGCGGACAGGAAGACCAGCAGCACCCAUCUGAGCCGCACAUACUAUUGCUCACCAGCAUUACGCAUUCCAUACACCCGGCACCCACACACCCACACUCACACAGCACCGCCAGGGAGGCACGGACGCUAUAGGACGACGUCCGUCUUCUCCAACCAUCUCGGUGGUCCAAGAAGCGGACCUCUUCGCGCUGGCGUGCAUACAGGCCUACAAGCCCCAAGGGGACGAUGCGCGGGCUCCAAGUCCACCACAACCCACGUCGGCGCCGCUGAGCAGGAAGUCCACCGAGCUCUCCUACGCGCAUGCCUUCAUGGUCCACGAGCAGAACACCAAUGGAGCGCCGCGUCGCAGCACCAGCGUAAAGGAAGGCCUGGGAGGACAGGACGGCAGUGCACUUAUUGUUCCCAAUGGCGCCGGCAGCGACAGAGCCCCCAGUGCGAAGAGCAUGGCGCUCAGCAUGAAGAGUCGUCGCAGCAUCAACAACCUCAGCGCGACCAACUUAUCGGUAUCAGACAGCGGCGAGCGGAGGUCGGGAGAAGCUGUCAAGGAGGCUACCACACGACUCGGGGCCGCUGAAGAAGGCUACUUCACCGCUAUGCCACAUCAGAAUGGCAAGCCGGCAGGUCAGCCACCUAGGAGCCCCAUGAGCAAGCCUGUCGGCGCGAUGCCAAACGGAGAGCCAACCACCUCACAAGCGAUACGCAGUGUCAGCCAUGGACAGGUUCCUAUGACACCUAGCUCAGCACUUCCACCAGUGGAAGAGAGCUCACCACGAGCGACCGCAGAUGGGCUGCUCAAGCCACCCGCGACGACCAAACCACGCCGACACCGCGCCUCCUCACCUCCAGCCUUUGACCCCCCUCAAAGCAUAAGUCUCGUCACGUCACGACCGGACCGGCUCACCCACCGACACACCCUAGAAGUUCCAAGCGCUGGUCCGCGAAACUCGAAAGAUGGUGGAGAUCCAUCUUCCCAACUAGACGGUGCAGUCUUGUCGACUGGUCGCUUCUCGCCAAACACCCCAACGAGACGUAGAGCCUCUCUGCAGCUAGUUCGGCGGAAUACGAGGUCGGUACACUCUGACAUGCAUCUGGAAGAAAUCCCUCAAGACGACGAUGCUGCUCGGAUUGCAGAGCAUAUAAGAAAUAAGCGCGCUUCUAAGAGACAGCGUCAUGACACCGACGACGAUAGGGUGGUCGUGGGCACCAAGGUGGACCAAAAUCACGUCAACUUCGCCACGGCCUACAACAUGCUCACUGGCAUCCGUUGCUGCGUUAGUCGGACCAAUGCAAAGCUCGAUAGGGAUUUGACGGAUGCCGACUUUGAGACGAAGCACAAGUUCAGCUUUGACAUUAGUGGCAGCGAGCUGACACCAAGCUCCAAGUACGAUUUCAAGUUCAAGGACUAUGCACCAUUUGUCUUCAGAAAGCUUCGGGCUAAUUUCCAGCUGGAUCCGGCAGACUACCUGAUGUCGUUGACAUCGAAAUAUAUCCUCUCGGAACUGGGAUCGCCAGGAAAGAGUGGAUCCUUUUUUUAUUUCUCACGAGACUACAAAUAUAUCAUCAAAACGAUACAUCACGGAGAACACAAGUUCUUGCGGAUGAUAUUGAAGGAUUACUAUACCCACGUUGUCAACAAUCCAAACACAUUGUUGUCACAAUUCUACGGACUGCAUCGGGUGAAGAUCCCUUAUGGGCGGAAGAUACACUUUGUGGUCAUGAAUAACCUGUUCCCGCCACAUCGUGACAUACAUCGCACAUUCGAUCUGAAAGGCAGCACGAUAGGCCGUGAUUUCCGGGAAGAGGAUCUAGAGAAGAACCCUCGCGCCACACUCAAGGAUCUGAACUGGUUGCGGCGCAAUUUACAUCUCGAGUUUGGGCCAACAAAGAAGGAAGCAUUCGUAACGCAGAUGCAGAAGGAUGUUGCAUUACUGCAGCGCCUGAAGAUCAUGGAUUAUUCUAUGCUGGUCGGCAUUCACGACUUGGAACGCGGGAAUGAGGAGAACCUGCGUGAUAAGACACUGCGAGUGUUCCAGCCUGCCGGAGAACCGACAGAGGAUGGGGGUAGUCAACAGCACUUGGCUAGGUCACCAAGUGUGAUGGAGAAUGCCAAGAGGAUCAAAGAAAUGAGAGAGGCCGUCAAGAGACAGAAGCCGGUGCCGAUCUCGCAAACACUGGAUAAGAUGCCACACGAGGCACAUCGGAGUCCAUUCUUCUUCUACGCGGACGAUGGUGGCUUUCGCGCUACUCAUGAAGACGAUGCUCCUGGCGAGGAGAUUUACUAUCUGGGCAUCAUUGAUUGCCUGACACGAUACAAUCUACUCAAAAGAAUUGAGCACGCGUGGAAAGGCAUGGGCGGUCACGAGUCGCAGAUUUCACCAAUUCCGCCUGAACGGUACGGCGACCGCUUUAUCAAGUUCAUUAGUGGUAUCACCAAGUCACGCGAACGUGCCGAACAAGAACGACUGUCCUCGACUUUGGAGGUCAACGCAGGCAUCACGAUUCCUGCGGGUAUCGAAGGUACCGUCCGCGAUGACCGUCUUGGAGGCGUCAAUGUACCAUCCCCCGACCACAGCAAUCCUCCCGGGACCGACAAGGUUAUGCAAAAGGCCGAGAAGCAAGCUGAGAAGUCACGGCGGAGCGAGGAUGAAGUGACCGACCGGACUAUGCUGGCGGUCAGGAGCCCAGGGGACCCACAGGCUGAGCAACUCACGCUGCCUGUUAUUGGCGAGGCAGCCGAGAACUCCAGCAAUGUUUCUCGAUCUCCCUCGCAAGUUAGCCCGCAACGCAGCUAUGAGGAGUUUUGGAGAAAUGGCAACAUCAAAGCGGGCACUGCCAACGUGCCAUCAGAUACCAUCGGCGAAGUGCCUCCCCCCACACCACCGAAGCAGGAUGGUAGCACCGAUCGUCGAAGUGAAGAGGAGAGGCGGAGCUGGCAAAGCGGCGGACUACCACCACCAACGCCACCCAAAGAGACACGAAGGGUGGUGAAUGUGACGGAUGACAGCUAUGAAGAUUCUGGCUGUUUCGGACCCCGGACAACCAAGGUCUUUGGCACUCAAGACAAGGAGCUACCGCUGCCGCCGUCCAUGGUGCCCGAGACGAGAGCGAUGAGCGCCAGUCCACUCGGUUCUGGGCUCGAGAUGAGUGAGGGUAAGCGGUCUGGUGUGCUCCGAAGGCAGAACUAGGAGAGUCUAUACGAGCAUGGCGUGAGUGCGAAGAAGAGUUUGUCAUGGUGGAGCGGGACGAAGAAGAGCGUUUCCGGGUUGCAGUCCAGCAAGAGUGCCGGAAUGGUGGGCAUGACGAAGAAGAGUGUGCAGACUCUGAAGAGCAUGCGAGUGUUGAGAAGAAGCCAGAGUGAAUCGGCGUUGACGAUGAAGCGAAGCUGGCAGUCUCUCUGCCAGAAAGCACUGCGAAUGAGCGGCAACAGCGGUCCCGCAUGAAAUCUCAUUGUGUUUGGGAGCGAAAGGGAGCGAUGAUUUGUGUUUUUUUUUUCUUCUUUUUCUGUUUGGUCUUGCUAUUUUUGUUUUGUUUUGUUCGGUGGUGGUGCUUCAUUUCAGGUUGGUACUUUGAAGGUUCUUUCCAUUGCUUGUUUUUGCGUUUUAUAUGCACCCUCCCUGCAUGAGGGUCGCACUUGCAUGCUCGACUAUACCUUGGAGUUAUACCUUCCAUGUUUCCAUUGACUACGACUGGGGAAGGAAGUUACGCGAACGGGAGAAGGGAGGAAGUGGCAGUGAAGGGGAGGGACGAAGGGUGGAAGCGUGGAAGGAAGGGAGGAGAUGGAAGGAGAUGGAGCCAGGUGAGGAGAAAGCGAAGAGAAUGCAGACACAUAUAUCCUGGAAGGACUGUAAGGUACCUCGCGACAGGACCGCUGUUUUUGGCAGCAGCGGGAAUUUAC